UGUGGUGAAAGUGUAGCUGCUCAUUACUGCCUCACUCUCACUGUCUUACCUGUCUGCUGUUCACUCAUCCUCCCUCUCCACCCAUUCAUACUCAGCCCCUCCAUGUCUCCUCCCUCGUGGCUGGGUUAUAUAUAAUGGUCAUGUCAAAGGGAUUUCACUUCUCCUCAGGUACAUUUUACAGGUGGUGCUUCCUCUGUGGACAGUGUUAUGACGGAGACUUUGAGCAGCUGCACGUUUACUGUUUAAGGUAAAACAUCAGGGGUCAAUGUCUCCGACUCUGGCCAGAUCUGCUCCGAGCGAGCUCAACCACUGGUGGAAUCAGUUGAGGUUCCGCCUUCAGAACAAGAAAGGAUGGAACGAGAUGCUGGAUGAGACCUUUCUGCUCCACACCAAAAACAUAAAUGACAUUCCUCUCUUCUAUGCGGCUAAAAAGAACAGUGCGGGCUGCAUCACGAAGCUGCUCAGCUUUUCAGCCACUAACAUCUUUGAGAGAGGGGCUCUUGGGGAGACGGCGCUUCAUGUCGCUGUGAUGAAUGACAACAUGGAGGCUGCUGUAGCUCUGAUGGAAGGAGCUCCUGAACUCAUCAAUGAGCCCAUGACCUCUGAACUUUUCCAAGGUGUCACUCCUCUCCACAUCGCUGUGGUGAAUCAGAACACAAAUCUGGUCCAUCAUCUCAUUAGUCGAGGCGGUGAUGUGGUCACCCCACGAGUCACUGGCUUGUACUUCAGGAAGAGGAUAGGAGGACUCAUAUACUAUGGUGAACACAUCCUGUCGUUCGCUGCAUGUGCUGGGAAUGAGGACAUUAUCUCCAUGGUCAUCGAAGCAGGGGCCAGCACCAGGGUGCAGGAUUAUCGGGGCAACACAGUGAUUCACAUUUUGGUUCUGCAGCCUAACAAGAUGAUUGCAUGCCAGGCCAUUGACCUGAUCAUGGCACAUGAUGUGGAGUUGGACCAGCCAGUGCCACUCGACAUGGUGUCCAACUACCGAGGCCUCACACCUUUUAAACUGGCAGCCAAAGAGGGAAAUGUUGUGGCGUUCCAGCACCUGGUUAAUAAAAGACGUGUCAUUCAGUGGAGUCUGGGCCCUUUGACCUCCAGCCUGUAUGACCUGACAGAGAUUGACUCAUGGGCCGACAAUAUGUCAGUACUGGAGCUUAUUGUGGGCAGUCCGCAGAGAGAGGCAAGAAGGAUACUGGAGGUGACACCUGUGAGACAGCUGGUCAGUCUGAAGUGGAACCUGUAUGGAAAACACUACUUCAGGCUGCUGCUGUGUCUGUAUUUGCUGUACAUUGGGAUCUUCACACUGUGUUGUGUGUAUCGCCCUCUAAAGGACGCUCCAGAGAACUACACACAGUCAGAUAUGGACAAAACCAUCCGGGUCCAGAAAACACUCAAUGAGAGUUAUGUGACAUAUGAGGAUAACCUGCGGCUGGCAGGAGAAGUCAUCAGUGUCCUGGGAGCUUUUGCCAUCCUGUUGCUGGAGAUCCCUGAUAUACUGAGAGUGGGAGCAAAGCGCUACUUUGGUCAGACGGCACUGGGAGGCCCCUUCCAUGUUAUCCUUAUCAGCUACGCCUGCUUGGUGGUGCUGCUGUGUGUGUUCAGAGCCAGCGAGGUGCAGGGAGAAGCCGUGGUGAUGGCAGUGUGUUUAGUGCUGGGCUGGUGCAACGUCAUGUUCUUUGCCCGAGGCUUUGAAAUGCUUGGCCCUUAUGUCAUCAUGAUACAGAAGAUUAUAUUUGGAGACCUGACAAAGUUCAUGUGGCUGACUCUCAUUGUGCUCAUUGGUUUUUCCACCUCCCUGUGGAUGGUGUAUAUGACCCAGGAGCUUGACUCCAUCCCUGCGUAUCGUUCCUUCCCCAUCACUCUCUUCUCCCAGUUUGAGCUCAGCGUGGGCCUCAUCGAUCUGCCUGUGGAGCACACCAUCACUACACCCCCCAUCGUUCAUGUCAUACACUGUGCCUUCUCUGUGGUCUCGUACAUCCUGCUCUUAAAUCUACUGAUAGCCAUGAUGAGUGACACACACUGGAGGGUGGCACAGGAGAGAGACGAGCUGUGGAGAACACAGGUAGUUGCCACCACUUUGAUGCUAGAGAGGAGGCUGCCACGCUGGCUGUGGCCUCGGCUCGGGGUGUGUGGGUUGGACUACGGCCUGAAAGAGCGCUGGUAUCUAAGGGUAGAGGACCGAAACGACUCCAUGCUGCAAAAGAUGCGACGUUACAUCAAAGCCUUCUCCAAGGAGGAUGAAAAGGAAGUUUUGGAGAAGACCGACACAACAAAGGGGUCACACUCUGAAACCCCAAAGCUCAGACCUAAACUCAGAGGUGGAUAUAACAACAGGAAGUCUCUGACAGGCUGGCAGAUGAUUCGUCACAGUGCCUUAGGUUUGGAGAUGGAGCAGGAGGAGCCGGAGGACAACCAGGACAUAAAACUUGUUUGAUGCCUGAGCCUGGAGUGUGUUUCCUGAGGCUUUCUAUCAUCUCACAUUUCUGAACACAAAGUACAGACUAGCUAAAGGAGGUAAAUUGUUUUAAAACUCUUUUUAUCCGAUUUGUUACAAUCCUCUACAACACGUCCUCUUAGCUAUAAAUGAAGUAAAAAAAUCCAGUAGCCCUCGCAAUACUGUAAAAUAACUUUGUAAUUAGUUCCUGCUGCAAGGCAUACUUGUGAGAACCUAGAGCACAAGCAUCUCUUGUUAUUGUUCCACGUUUCUUCUUCUUGAUAUUAUUCCUCUUCCUCCCAAAGUUUGCCACAUAAUGCAUAAAGCUUUGAGAAACCCCUCACACAAAACAUGCGGUUUGAUCGGCAAACGUGUGCUAUGACUUUUAUAAACAUUUCGAGUAACCAUGGCGACAAAAAUCCCCAUAAACUGCGAAUAAUUUCCAGAUACACAUGAAUGGGAAACGGUCGAAAGAAGGAGAAAAACCAAGCCCACUUGGGCAUCACAGUGUCGUCAUACUUAAACAUAGAGACGUGAUUGAAACUUUAAACGGGUCACAAACGUGACGUUUUGGUCAAAUUUUGGACGACAUACUAAACUAUGACAUUCUGGUGACUUUUUGGACGACAUACUAAACUAUGACUUUUUUGUUAAAUUUUGGACGACAUGCUAAACUAUGACAUUUUUGUCACAUUUUGGACGACAUACUAAACUAUGACAUUUUUGUCUAAUUUUGGACGACAUACUAAACUAUGACAUUUUUGUCUAAUUUUGGACGACAUACUAAACUAUGACAUUAUUGUCAAAUUUUGGACGACAUACUAAACUAUGACGUUUUUGUCACAUUUUGGACGACAUACUAAACUAUGACGUUUUUGUGACUUUUUGGACAACAUACUAAACUAUGACGUUUUUGUCACAUUUUGGACGACAUACUAAACUAUGACAUUUUGGUGACUUUUUAGACGACAUACUAAACCAUGACGUUUUUGUGACUUUUUGGACAACAUACUAAACUAUGACGUUUUUGUCUGAUUUUGGACGACAAACUAAACUGUGGCAUUUUUGUCACAUUUUGGACGACAUACUAAACUAUGACAUUAUUGUCAAAUUUUGGACGACAUACUAAACUAUGACAUUAUUGUCAAAUUUUGGACGACAUACUAAACUAUGACGUUUUUGUCACAUUUUGGACGACAUACUAAACUAUGACGUUUUUGUCUGAUUCUGGAAGACAUACUAAACUAUGGCAUUUUUGUCACAUUUUGGAUGACAUACUUAACUAUGACAUUUUGGCAUGCUCGAAAUUUCGCCGCGAAAAUUUUCUAGUUCAAUUGAUUCACUUACCUGCGUGGGUCAUUUUAAUUAUUCAGAGGCAGCACCUGUAACCAGGUUCAAUCUCACUGAUGUCCACCCAUGUCAGACUUUAUUAUCCAUUUUCCUCUUAAUGGGAACAUAAUUUACCAAAUUUACACCAGGUUCUAUUGAAGAAGACUUGAAACUAGCAA